AGCAGUUGUAGCCGAGGCCACACGGUUCCGUAGCCAGCGCCUCUCAGCAGACGAGCGGUGAAGUUUAGGGCGAAGCCAUGGCGGCUGGCUGUUGUGGAGCCAAGAAGCAAAAGAUGAAUAACAAUUCAUCCCCAUGUUGUAAUGGGACAAUUGUGCAUCCGAAUCACUUCCACCCCAGCCACUACAAGAAUGGCAUGGUAGUCUGUGUAGAAAUGUGUUUCUUUUGCUUCGAUGUGCUUUACUGCCAUCUCAAUCAGUACGAGCCGCCCAAGCCGCCCAAUUUCCCAAACGAAUGCUACCCGCUAUUUGUGACUUGGAACAUCGGUAAAGACAAGAGGCUGAGAGGCUGCAUUGGUACCUUCAAUGCGAUGCACUUGCACUCAGGUCUGAGGGAGUACGCCGUCACCAGUGCAUUCAAGGACAGCCGCUUCAGCCCUAUCACAAGGGACGAAUUCAACAAACUCCACGUCUCUGUUUCCAUUCUCCGGCACUUCGAAGACGGCAAUGACUACAUGGACUGGGAGAUUGGUAUUCACGGUAUCAGAAUAGAGUUUUUGACUGAGAAAGGCUCAAAACGCACUGCCACUUACCUUCCCGAAGUAGCCCCUGAGCAAGGCUGGGACCAUGUGCAGACAAUAGACUCUCUGCUACGCAAGGGUGGCUACAAGGGCUCCAUUUCCAACGACAUGCGGAAGUCAAUCCACCUGACACGCUACCAGAGUGAGAAGGUCUCCAUUAGCUACCAGGAGUACCGGGACUUUUGGAGGAACCGCCAGUGCUAGCCCCGGUGGUGGGGCCUUUAGCCUCUCUUCUCCUGGACAAGUUAACGGCGACUUUGCACUUCCACGGAAGCCUAUCUCCAAGCCACAUCAGCCUUCUCCUGCGCCCUUCUCCCUUUCUUGUGAAUCCCCUCCCCUGCAUUUUCAAGUUUGCUGCCAACUGUGCCUAGUGCUACCCCCUCCCUCUCUCCCCGUUGCUCUGACUCUGUGGUGCUGCCAUGACACCACCGUGCUGCAGCUGCUGUUCUUUGCCCUCAGUGUUGUCCCAUCUGCUAGUUUUCUUGUUGGUUGAUAUAGGUUGUUUUGCAUUGGGUUGGUUGCUCGCCAGUGGUCAUGUCCAGGCAGAGAGGCAGUGGAUGGCAGCUGUGGAGGCCUGAGAGGCUGUUUUGUCUUCACGUGUCUGAAAAGGCCUUUUGCUUAGAACUUGAGUGGGCCCUAAUUUUUAUGGUCUUGCACACUAGCUGUAAGGCAUUCAGUCUCUGACCUGGUUGUAUGUAGUAUAUGUGUGUGUGUCACGACAUGGUUGGAAGUAGUGCACUGCCUCAACGCUGGGCUGCCCUUGACACAGGACAGACAGAUUUAUGUGUAGGACUGAAAGAGAGGAUUCUGAGAGGCUUGUUUGUCCCAAGCUGUACCUUGUUGCUGCAAGCUUCCUUAACAUGGAGAAAUGGGGCACUCUUUUUUGUUUGCCAUUGUUUCUUUGGAUGCCUUGAUAGGUUUGUCUGGGUUGCUGUGAUAGGCCAUUGGUGACUGACAGGCAAUUGCGUACUUGGCGUUUGCUUGUUGUCUACAGUGUUUUCAUGUAUUUGCAACUGUUGAGCAAGUAUAGAGAGGCUGCUGUAGUGCAAUGUCUUGGGAAGCUUGAGCUGUUGGAAGAUGGGAUUUUGCAGUGCAUUAAUGACGUGCUUUGCAUUACAGCGUUGUAGCAGCUCCAUUAUUUGGUGAGUAAGGUGCCAAGGUGGCCUUCAAGGAGUGUAUUGCACUGCACAGAAUGAGGUAACAGUGCAUCUAGCUUCUGUCUAUUGUGAAUUACGGCUUUUCUUCAUACGCUGUUUGUUUCGCUUGUUUGUUACUUCUCCUGUUCAAGGAUCAGGUGUUAAGUAUUUCAUUGCACUAAGCCCUUCUUUCAGUCUCAGGCUUUUGAAAGAGAGGGAACGGCUGUUUGCGUUUCAGUAAUUCCUUCUUGUGAAUACCGUGUUGAAACAGUCAAUGUGAUUUAUGCUUCUCUGUCGCUAUUCUCAUCAAGCUUCAACUUAUAUAAAGGUGUGAAUGCUUUUCUUUUUUCUGUGUCCUAAUAUGGACAUAUGACAUUUGCCUGGACCAAGCUGGCUGCAUGGUGCCGUGCAGCUGAAGUGCUGAUCAGUUUGUGCUUUGUUCUUCUGCAGCAGCUACACAUCCUAAAAAGUACACUUGCGUCUUGUUCUGUGCCUGUUUUACUGAACAGUCUGUUUUUAGUUAAGAUGCAGCAGUAAUCUUGUAAUGCUUUUCUAGCCUCUAUUCACCCUUUCACUGACAUCUUUGGAUUGUGCACUUGCUUAGACAGGCAUUUCAAGAAGCCAGUGGUGUUUGAUGUCUCAGUGGAGAGGCAAGGUGCCAUGCUGUGUUGUCAUGUGGAAGGCAUCUUGUGCUACAAGGAAGAAUGGUCCUUUCUUUUGUGUGUGUGUCCACUUCUUUUUCAUGUUACUGUUAAGGCUCCAUUUCUCCUGCUCCCAUCUUCCAGAUAUUUCAUCCUUAUUGUUGGCCACACUGUCCUCAUCGUUUCUUUUUGUUGUGCAUGAGGCAAGUUAGGCUGUUGAAUGAAAUUAAGUGAAAGAUUUAAUCUGGGCAUAUAUGAUGUGGGCACCUUGUCAGUCAUGCACAUGGUAAUCGCCUAAGCUGCUUGUGAUCGGGCGGCGCUGUUUAAAGAGAAAUUUGAGUUGCCUGAUGUCGGUGUUGAUCAAUGCUGUUUUUUGGAAACUGUGGUAACGUAUUCCAGCUUUGGUGCUGCUAUAGUUUAAAUGCUUGCUCCAUUUCUCUGCUUGUUUCUCUCCCCCUUUUCCCACUUUAUGUUGUGUUGUCAUUGGCAUCUUUCUCUGGGUGCAAGAUCUCUCUUGCCUACUGUCAUUCAGCAGAUUCUGCAGUUGUACUUGGUUCCGGAAUUUUUCUGUCAAGUGAGCAAUCUGCAUUUUGCUUUGUUUAUAGCAGCCUUCCAUGAAGAGCUGUUUGAAUAUGUCAGUGCCUGGAAUCUGCUGUAAAGCACUGGCAUUGAAUUUUAAUUUCUGGUCUAUUUUUGUCGUGCUUAAGUGGCAUGAAACAAAGAAAAGGCAUUCCAGCUGCAGGUUUUCUAUGCUGAGUUCGGCAUAAAUGCCUUGGGGAACUCUGGGUCCCUUUUUUGGUUGGCAUGAAUUUUGCCACUAUGCGGUAGAAAGAAAAGAAAAUAUAAUGCCGAGUGCACUUUCAGCCCUUUCAGUACUUAGCAUAGCUUUUGAUGGACCCUCUUUAUAAUGUGGCGUAAGGCUGUGGUGGUAGCACAUUGCAGUGCACUCCACUGUACUCUAGCCCCCUCUGUGGUAUCAGUUGCGUUCUAACAAGGGGACUUCAUCACAUGAACUUCCUUCAUGUUGGUUGCACUUGUGAGGAGACGUUGAAAAUCACACUGCCAGAUUGUGAACAUACACAAGCCAUAAUUAUUUUUUGUAAAUGUCUCAAGUGCUUUUUCAUGGGGUUUUCAAGGUGUGACAUGUAACCGGAGGUGGGUUGACUAGAGGGAGGAGCUUGGACGCUAGCAUUCACACAUGCACGUAACAAGUACACAUGCCACCUGUGAAAGUGAGAUGGUUUUUAAAAACCUUUACGUAAAGUGUUUAGACAGCAGCAUGCCAUGGAAACUAAUUUCAUUAGAAUUAAGCCUUUUUAUUGAUGUUCUACUGGGUUGUAAACUUUUGGGGGAGACACUUCAUUGGUAUCAGUGCUCACAGCUGUGGAUAUUUGGCCUAAAGGCCUGUAGAGCAACAUUUCAAUUAGAUGUCUGCUGAACAGGUCUUGGUGGUCAUUUUCUGCCCCAUAGAAUAAUAAUACUGCUGAAGUUACAUGAACUGAAUACUAAUAGUUGUUUUCCCCUUAAUACAUGGACAAAGUCGCAUCUUGCUAGGUAAUCAAGUGGCUUUAAAGUACAGUUCUGUGGGAGUGAUAGCUUAGUUGUAUCAAAACUGCGAGUUGCUAAUCAGUGAUACUAUAGCAUGUUCUGUGUUUAGAGUGUGUGCUAGUGUGAAGACUGCAAGUGCAGUUGGCUUUUAUUGCAAAUUUUUCACUUCCUUUCCACACUUAGCAUAAAAAAAUUAGAAAUCAGGACUUUCAUGCUUGCCGUGCUUUCAUUCUGCACACUGUGUCAGCUUAAAACGACAAAAAAGUAACUGCGACUAACUGCCAACUGUGCUCCGUUCAUUUCAGGAGUGCAGUGUGAGCUGCCUGCAGCAACAUUGACUAUGUUUAUAACAGAACAUACGGGCUGUUGUGGGGGAAAAAAAAAGAAAACUAGAAACAGGUGCAAUUUUCCUUUUGCUUAGUUCCUGUUUUAGUUUGCAUCAGUAGCUAUGCAGGCAUCUCGACUGCUGCUAUGCUGUUUGAAAGGACACUAAAGGAAAACUCUAAACCAUUUUGAGUCUGGGAAAGUGCACUGUUUAAAUGCUGAGAUCAUAUUUCUGUUGGUGGAGAAAGGUAGAUUAAUGAUGUCGAAAAGGAAGCCCAAACUUCCCUCAUUGAAUUACAUGCACAAGUCAUGGCACUUUUGUCAUUGUGACAUUGAUUUCACACUCUUGCUGCUUAUUACAGCCAUUCUACACACUGGAAAUGCUCUUGAGAAUGAUUAUAGCAGAGACGAUAUAAGGCUUCCUUUCGCUCAAUUCUAUUCCUUUCUAAUCAUCCACUGCUCUCGACGGGCCAGUCCCUGUGAUAUGUCGAGCACUGCUCUGACCACUGACAAAUCACGAAACGGAACAGCAUUGAAUUAGACACUGCACUAUCCCAGCCUAGAUGUGUUCCUUGCUUUCCUUUCGAAUGCGAUGUCAGCUUUAUUCAUUGGCAAAGAAAAAAUAUUACCCCUGAGCAGAAGCUGUCAUUCAGCGAAGUAGCAAGGAGCUGCUACGGGAACCUCGUGCUGGGGUCACCACCAUCGUUUCUAGUUUUUCUGCUAGCACCCUUCUUGGUUAACCAUGUGUUGGAUCAUAAUUAGACACCCAUUUGGCAUAUUGGGACUAUAAUCUUCCAAUCUAACUUGCGAUUUCUCUUGAGAGUUCCUUUAAUGCUGAACUGUGCUUGCUAUGGCUGCUUAAUAGGGUAGCAUGACACUACACUAGUUUGUGUUGGACUAUGACAGUAUUUUCGAAGGCCAAUUCUGAACAUCGCAUCUUCACUGCAUAACAAAAAAGCUGCUAUAUUAAUGCAAAAAUAAUGAUGGGUCUUUGAGCACUUCCCAAAUCACUCGUGCAUGAAAGAAAGUUCUUGGUCAUAUCUUUGUCUCUCAGUGACAUACAGUUCUGAACUUUACGAACUGCAUUUGCCAGGCUGGUUAAAGACAAAAUGUGAACAAUGGAGGUUGUUGGAUGUCUUGAUAGCAUUUUAGAAUAUAUUGUUCAACGAUAAGUGUAGCAGUGUUUAUAUGUUGCAUUGCUUUUGGGAAGAGGACUUCAAAUGUGGUUCUACCCAUUGCCAGUUAGCCUUUUGCCUACUAGCAGUGUCGGAGGCAGACGGGACAGGGGCAGCCACGACUUCUCUACUGUUGUGUCCUGUCAUUAAAGGCAACUACCUCCUUUCAUGCCCUCUGCCGCUUGAAACCCCCCACACUGCAAGGCUCAGUAUGAGGGCAGUCUUGGGACGGUAAAGCCAAACAUUAAGCUGAGUCAGUAUGAUAUAAGAUUGGUACUCUGAAAUGUCUGAAUUUUCACCUUUACCAAGAUAGGAGCGUUAGCAAGCAAGGGAGUGACCCAAGCGAAAAGUGGGAGGGAAGAAAACACCACCUCCUGGCGACAUACGAUGUCCCCUUUUAAAUUGACAACUAAUUGUUCCCAAGUAUGAAAUAUAUACAUUUUCUUUCAGCUUGAAAGAAAAUUGAGUUUGGCUGGGUUUGUUAGCUUGUCCUACAGGAUUUGCCAAUGCUGCCGUUUCAAAAUUUUGUGGUGCCUCAUCUGUGCACUGGCGCUCUUUGGCCAUACUUGUCCUUUGCACUAGAAGAUAACAAAUUCAUCAUCUAUGCAGCUGCAGGACUCAAAGCAGGCAGUAGCAUCUGCAGAACUUGACCUUGUGAGAGGUGACCUCUUUCUUUGGGUGCGAUUUUCUCUGCAAUAAAGCCACGACAUUGCACAAAGCCAAUGUUGAGGGGUGUCUAUGGAAGGUUUAGUUUAAAUUGUUUAGACUGGUUUAAUGUUUGUCUUCAAUGUCUUUCCAGGAAGAUUAAUGAAUGGUGCAACUUAUGGCUUUAAAUUAUGAUAUAAUUUUUGUGCUCUGCAGUAACGUUCAUGUAUGGAGAAGUUAAUCUGCCCGAAUCCUAUGAUACAAAUUGGGGCAGUUGCUGUCUCUUUCCUGUAUAAUUCAAUCAAGACUGCUUUAUAAAACUGGCGACUGUGAAUUUUUUCCUGCGUGACUUCGGGUACAUGCAACUGCUCCUUACCUUUGGCACUUCAUCAGCUGCCUGAAGAUAGCAGCAUGGCCUUUCCGACUUUGGAAGUGAACAACUGAUUAUCAGUGCUUUCUAUCUUUUUGUUUUGUUUUUAUGGCGUGUGCUUGUGGAUAGGCAAGAAAUGUGGUUGCAGGCCGUGUAAUCUUGCGGGGCACUGCUGGCUUUCCCAACUUUGGGAAAGGGUAUCUCUGCAAGCGCACAAUACAUCGAAAUUGUUUGCAGUGACAUUGCCUCCGCCUAUUUUUUUCUACUGUAAAUAAAAUAACAAAAAAAAUGCAAAAUGCAAAAUCCUCAUGAAAAAAAACUUGACUGCAUAAGAAUGAACUGAUAAUGCCAAGCAUGCACAUCUGUAUAACAGUGCUUUAUUUUUUUCCCCACUUGUAGGUAAUUUGAGUGAUGCACCAGUUCGUGUUGCUGCUGUCUGGCAAUGGGAAGGCAUGCUACAUAUAUAUAUACACAUAUAUAUAUAUAUACACACACACACACGCAUGUAUUAUUCAAUGUUCAUUGAUAAUAGGUCAUCUCUAACAAUUGUAAAGAGGUGUGAAGAGCAGAUUCAGAGGAUAGCACACAUAUGUUGAAAUCUGCACGUGCCGUCGACUUUAAAUGUCUGUUCCAUUUAAUUUGUGGUUAGUGGGAUUGUUGUGCAGAAGGUUAGUCGAAACUGAAGGUUCUAGAAAGUGGGGAUGGGGGCCUCUUCCAUAAGGUGCAUUUCUUGCUGUGUAAAAAAAUCCCCGUAUGGGAUUGUUUGCACACGAGUGCUUUCCUUAGCUGUGUGUAUUGACAGUAUUUGGAAACUUGAGGGAAGUCAUCUUUGUUUUUAGAUGACGUCUCAUAGACGCCCAUUCCUGCAUUGAGCGUUGGCGUCCCUUGGCUUAACUUAAUGAACGAGCACAGCAAAAGAUGAAAGAGCGAAUACGGAACGCAAGUGGGCAGGGGAGGAGGAAAAUGUGGCAAAAGGGUGAGGGGAAAGGGAGUGCUUCACGGCGGCGACCAAGCGCACGGCGAGUAUAUCCACCAAUACCAUAUAUGGAAACGAUGGUCCUGUGGGCUUUAGACCCACUGCGUAUGUGCUACUUUGCCUGCGCAGCCGCCGUUGGAGACUGCACUCCGUGCGAGCGACGCAUUCCCCAUGUCAACGCUUUCUUUCUAAACAAUGCGCGAUGCAACCAGUGGAAAUGCUUUGUCUACUGUUAAAUGAGCUGCUAGAGCAGAGGCACAGCGCAAGCGCUGAGAGGACUCUGUUGUUCAGAAUCAAAUUCUUUGCUGAAAUAUAUUUCAAAAUGCCUCAACAGCUGCGCUCAAAAUUUGCAUUAAGGAGUAUUGCAAUUGUUGAAUUUUGUUUUUCUUACUCUAAUUCAAGGGAGAAAGCAGUCUCUAGUGCUUGGUCAGCAGCAUGGAAAUAGCUAGUGCAAGAUUUAGUAGACGUUGCUUGGAACUAUGUUUACUUUAAUUUUGUCCAUUGAACACGAGUUCGUCUUUUGACGUCUGCUCUGAGAAAAAACACAUUUGGCCUUGUAUUGACAGGGUUCACCUGCAUUGUUUUACUCGUGUUCAAGAGAACAACUAAGGGGGUGCGUGAGAAAGCUACGAAGUUUAAGGCAUAGUAAUGAUGCAAUAGAUUUUGUUGGUGCAGUCCCCAAUGGUGUGCAUGUUUUGGUGGCUUAUUCAUGCCUUCACCGAGAAAUAAGAGCUUGUCAAGGGCCAAAGAAAUCUAUUUCAGACUUUGAGCUGAGCUGGUUUGAGUAGCAAUCGGAAGAUGAGGUCAAAUGUGACGCAUGUUAUCUGUGCUUGUCACUGUUCUGCUCGAUGAACUUUUGUUUUGAUAGAAAUGGAAAUGUUAUCGUGGGAAGAGGGGCCCCACUACGUUGCUUCUCUGUGCGAACAUUGUAUCAUUGUGCGAUCUCCAUUCAUAAAUUGGGUCUGAAGUUCUGUACAGUCUUGGAGCCUGUGUGCAGCACACUUUGCUGGAACGAAUUAUAAAAGAUGCUUACAGUUUCAUAGUUCCGACAUAGCAUGCCAAGCUUGAAGUAAUGUGAACGAUUAGGAUGUGCCAGUAUUAAUAAAAUGACAGAUUCUCUUGA